UUUAAUGAAAACAUUAAACUCAUUAAUGUUUGUAUGUUUAUUGAUCUUGAUGAAAUCUGUUUUAUUAAAAUAGUUUUAAUAUAUUAAUUAUUAUAAUUUUAACAUAUAUUAUGGUAUUUUAUGAUUGGAAUUUUCAAAAUAAGGAGAUAUUUUGCAAAAACUAGUAAAACAAAAGUAGCUAUUAAUUAUGGAUGAACUGGAUACAGAGUCUUCUGUAGAAAAUAACUUAAGGGAAAAUGUUGGUGGUUUAAUCUAUGUAUCUGAUAGUUCUGAAAAUCAAAGUGAAACUGGUUCAAAAUCAAUUCCACUUCAGUUGGAAAACUCUCAAGUAUCAUCUACAAUUUUAAAUUCAGUAACUAAGUCAACAAUUAACUAUUUGACUGAGAGUCAACAACAGAGUGUAAUUACUAUUUUACCAUGGGGCGCGCAUAAGGAACGUUCUCCAUUUCCUAAUAUAGAUACUGAUAUUAAACCAGGAGAGUAUGUAAUGCGUACUCUUUUUGCUGAUUUUACUGUUCAGGCUGAAAGAAAAAUGGAAGAGGUUAUGAAUGAUCAAGAUAAACCAUUAAUGAAAAUAUUACAACGAGGGGAAGAUGUACAAUUUGAUCAGUUAUUGAUUGCAUUUGGAUCUGUAGCUGAACAUUGUUUACCUUCUAUACUUAAGGCUCUUUUUGCUUGGUAUGAUAGGCAAAUAGCUGUUUUAGACAUUAAUGCCACUGAUUCAAAAAAAAUCGAACUUAAAGGAAAAAAUGAUAUAAUUGAUAAUAAAGAUGUUGAAGUGAUAUGUGAGAGAAGAGAUUUAGCAGUAGAAUUCAUAUAUUGUUUAGCGUUGAUAGAAGUGUUGAAGCAAUUACCAUUUCAUCCAGGGCAUGAAGAUUUAGUAAUCUACAUUGAAAACUUAUGUUUUAAGCAUUUUAAAUUUCGUGAAGGUGCUCAAAAUUGCCCUAAUGCUCAAAAUAUUCAUAUGGUUGCUGAUUUAUAUGCUGAGGUUUUGGGAGUAUUAGCUCAAUCUAGAUUUCUUUCAGUAAGAAAACGGUUCAUAGCUGAGCUAAAAGAAUUGAGAGCUAAAGAACCAUCCCCACAUGUGACUCAAGCUAUAAUAUCAUUAUUAAUGGGGAUGAAGUUCUUUAGAAUUAAGAUGGUCCCGAUUGAAGAUUUUGAAGCAUCAUUUCAAUUUAUGCAAGAAUGUGCACAGUAUUUUCUUGAAGUAAAAGAUAAAGAUGUGAAACAUUCAAUGGCUGGUUUAUUUGUUGAAAUUCUUUUACCAAUGGCUGGGAUAGUAAAAAACGAAGUAAAUGUUCCAUGCUUAAAAAAUUUUGUUGAAUCCCUUUAUUCAACAACUUUAGAUAUGUGUACUAAAUCAAAACAUAAAUUGGCAUUGUUUCCAUUGGUUACUUGUCUUCUUUGUGUUAGCCAAAAAACAUUUUUUCUUCAAAAUUGGCACUACUUUUUAGCUAUGUGUUUGUCAAAUUUGAAAAAUAGAGAUCCAAACAUGUCAAGAGUUGCCUUAGAGGCUCUUUAUCGAUUACUUUGGGUGUAUAUGGUAAGAAUAAAAUGUGAAAGUAAUUCUGCAACGCAAUCUCGAUUACAAAGCAUUGUCAAUUCUUUGUUUCCCAAAGGAUCUAAAGCUGUGGUACCUCGUGAUACUCCUCUCAAUAUUUUUGUAAAAAUCAUCCAAUUUAUUGCUCAGGAGAGAUUAGAUUUUGCUAUGCGUGAAAUUAUUUAUGAUUUGUUAAGUGUUGGACGUCCAAUUAAAUUAAUUCUUACACCUGAACGAAUGAGUAUAGGACUACGAGCUUUUCUUGUUGUAGCUGAUAGUCUUGAACAAAAAGAAGGUGAACCACCAAUGCCAGGUACAUCAGGAGUUCUACCUUCGGGAAAUACAUUACGUGUAAAAAAAACUUUCUUGAAUAAGAUGUUAACAGAAGACACUGCAAGAAACAUUGGUAUUCACACAUAUUUUCCUAAUGUUCGACGAGUUUUUGUAGAAAUAUUACGAGCACUUGAUGCACAUUAUGGUAAACCACUAAUGAUGACAUGUACUCAAAAUAUGAACAAAGAGCCUGAUGAAAUGAUUACUGGGGAAAGAAAACCUCGUAUUGAUCUUUUUCGAACUUGCGUUGCAGCAGUUCCUCGUUUAAUUCCUGAAACUAUGACUGGUGCAGAACUUGUAGAUAUGUUAUCCCGUUUGACAGUACACAUGGAUGAAGAGUUACGUGCAUUAGCUUAUCAAAGUUUACAAACAUUAAUUAUUGACUAUCCUGAAUGGCGCCAUGAUGUGAUAAUUAGUUUUACUCAAUUCUUGGCUCGUGAUGUUCAAGAUACAUUUCCAAAGUUGAUUGAUAAUGGAUUACGCAUGUUGUUACAAUUAUUUACUAGCUGGAAAAAUAGUUUAACUAUAGGAUUAAUUAAAAAUCAGGCUGAAAAAAACAAAAACUUAACUGAUAAUCACCAAAAAUGUAACCGAGUUGAUUUAUCUCAAACUGAAGCUUUUGCUUUAGUAAUGUUGUGUAACUGUCGUCCUUGUCCUCGUCGUUUAUCAGCUCAUAUAUUACGUGAAAUGAAAUGUCUUAUCAAAAUAUUGGAUAAGGAAAAAGUGCCAGUAAUUGAUGUGAUUGAUAAAGCUAUACCUGAACUAUUAGAGCGAUGUUUACCCAUGCUACCUUCAUUAGAAAAAUCAGCAGUUUUAACUGCUUUAGCUGCCAAUUCUCUUGAUCUUCAAUGGGUUGUUGAACGAAAUCAUCCAAUUUGGACAGCUGGUAUUCAAGAUGACUUUAAUUCUCCAAAAACUGCUUCAUCUUUAAGUUUACUAGGCGGAUCUGGUAAUAGUGAUCCUUGGGGAACUAUACUUUUUGGGAUUUUAUCACAAAAUGUACUUAUAAAACAAUGUUUGCCUGUUAGUGCUCAAGCUUGGCCUUUAGUGUUUUCUCGUGUUCAAAAUCUUUUUACUGUCAUUGAUCCAACACCUGUAAAUGAUAACAGAGCUUCUUUAUUGAGAAGUUCAGCUCCGCCUAGAAAACCACUUACUGAGCGUGAUCAAUAUCUAACUUUGUGGAGGUAUUAUGUUAUGUUUGCAAUGUGUGUUGUACCACUUGCUCCAAGUCCCAUUGUACGCUGUGCUUCUCCUGAUUUAAGUUUAAGUUCAUCACCUGAUAGCUUAGCUACUGGUGAACGAAAUGAUAGUAAAAAUGUAACACCAACAGCAUUGUAUAAGUUAAUAGCACCUUUAUUAAGAUGUGAAGUAGCAGAUGUAAGAGAUGCAGCUGUUUAUGCUCUGGGAACUAUUAACCCUGAAGCAUUAAAAGAUUUAAUGGAAGAACUAGUCGUUUUCAUAAAAGAGGCAGUAGAUAGAAAACAAGAAAAUAUGAGAAGACGUAGAAGAAGAGAUGCAUUACGUUUACAAUUAGUCAGAGUAUUUGAAUUAAUUGCAGGAUAUGGAACCCUUGGGUGCAGCACAUUUGUAUUAGAAAGAGAUUCUUGUUCUUUACAUCCAACAUUUGAAGAAUAUAUAGAUGGAGCUAGAAUUUGCUUGGAACUGGAAACUGAUAAAGACAGUUUGCGUGAAAUUAAGUUAUAUUUUUGUAAGUUUGUCCAGAAGAUGAUAAAAAGUUUUGAAAUUGGAACAUAUCGCACUUUGUUAAAACGAGAAUUGAGGCAAAAUCUAUUUAACCUAUUUUGUAAUUGGGCUGAGCAUAGUACUUCAAUUGGGAUGUCAUCUAAACUAGUUACCAUAGAUUUAAUUAAGGAUGACUUGCAAAUGGCAUCUUUACAAGCAGCAUGUGCUGUACUUGCAUGCGGUCCAUGUUUCAAUCAUAAUUUAGCAGAACCAGAUGGGCCCUUAUAUCUUUGGAUUGACCCUUUAUUGGCGCACUUUGAUAAACGGAUUCAUCAAUUAGCACUGGAAACAUUAGUGUUGUUGUUGGAUUGCAACCCUGAUCAAGGAUCACUUCUUGACUGGGUAGUAGAUCGUUGCUAUACUGCUGUACCUUUAGUUGCUGAUGCAUGUUUCCAAGCUUUAGGAAUAAUUUUUAGUACUAGAGAGUAUCCUUGUGACCAUUAUACAGCAAUUAUCAACGUUACUCUGAUGAAUACUGGUUGUCCACGUUCUUUUGUUCGAGAUACAGCUUUACAAUUACUACAAGUGUUGGACAAAAGGUUUUUUGGUUCUGGAAACGUCGAACUGUUGCCACCUACUGUACCACCUGAAUCUCCUAUAGCAGUUUCACGAGACGAAAAAGAAGAAAAAAGAACUGUUGAUACACCAUCAUCUGAUACAGAUAAGACAACAGAAAUCGCGGAUGUUCUUUUAUGUUCAACAUUUUGUCAAUCUCAAUUUAAUCUGUCUCAACAGCUUGCCCAAAUUCAUCCGGAACUGACAAUGCCAAUAUUUUCAGAAAUAACCUACAGAUUUCAAACUGCAAGACCAGAAGUACGUCAAUUACUCUUACAUUAUUUAGUACCAUGGCUACAUAAUAUGGAGUUAGUUGACCCCAAUGUUCCUCCUCCAAAUCCCCUAUCAUACUUUCAAUAUUAUCCUGCUGAAGAAGGUCAAGCAAGUUCUUGUCAUCGCGAAGGUUGGGGAUCCGUCGAAGCUACUGAAAUGGUGUUGAAUAAUUUAUUCUACAUAACAGCUAAGUUUUCUGACGAACAUCCCAAGGGUAUCGAAGAUGUCUGGGCCACAUUAUGUUUAUGCUGGCCAAACAAUCUAAAAGUAAUAAUUCGUUAUUUGGUCAUAAUAAGUGGAAUGGCUCCUAAUGAGCUCUUGCCUUAUGCAAAACGCGUUACACUUUAUUUAGCCAGAUCAAGACCUGAUAGAUUGCUCGACGAAAUGAUGACUGAGCUGCAGACGGUGGAAACAUUAAAUUGUCUAAUUGAAAGAACUGAAACGCCGCCAUUCUACAGAUUAACCAGCAUGAGGAAAACUUCUGGUAUGGGUGUUGGGCCAUCUUGCACGAACAAUCCUAUAACGAGUGGCAAUGAAGUAUGCUCUACGGAUACGUCUUCCACUACUAUUGUAAAUGAAAAUGAAACUGAGCACUCAACAGCACAUGCAUCUGCUGGAAUGAUACAUACCAAACGACACAGUGGAGACGAUCCAUCAAAAAAUGUUGGAUCGUGCAAAACAGAUUCGACAACGAACAAAUCUACAAGCAGAUAUCCACCGAACCGUAAUAACUUACAAUGGCAGCAUCUUCCCUUAGGAGACAUCUCACAAACAAAUAUUCAAAAUGAGGAACAAGAUACUGUCGAAAAUAAUGAGAUGAAUUAUGAUCGUCUUUCGCCAACAGAUGGAGAUUUCCCUCAACCACACCCCUUACCAAUGCCAGAAUAUGGUGGUUAUUUUGCCCCGCUUAAGGAAUAUUUACCCACAAACAUACCGUCAAGCAGUGGCUUUCACAGGUGCAACAUAGCCGUAAUGCUUCUAAAAGACUUGCCAUCUGAUUCACUUGAUAUGGACUGGUCAAUUCACAUUCCACUCAUGUUGCACAUUGCGCUCUUAGGGAUGGAUCAUAGUCGUCUUCUAGUUUACCAACACUGUAAGCAAUUACUAUUGAAUCUAACACUCGUAUUGGCCAAUAAUUCAGAUCAACUUGCGAUUGCCCAAUUACUUUUAAACCACAAUACAACACGACUAGGAUUGGGCCUACCCACACCAUCCGUACAAGUGUCUAAACAUAAUUUUACCGAAGCCAAUGAAACUUUUGACAGCUAUUUACAAGGACCUUUAGGAACAAGCUGUUCACAAUCUACUAGUCUCGUUGUUCUACCUUCUCCUUGUGAGGACGACGCUUCCACCGUAGUAUUAGGUAUGGAUCACUUAUCUUCACCGACACCUAAUUUAACUAUCAAGGAAAUUGUUAAGUCUUUCUUAGAUUUUAUCGUGUCAAGGGGUGAUCAACCAUUGUGGCAUUAUGAAGAUAUAACUGCCAAAGUUUGGUCUAUUCGUAGUGGCGAACAACUUGAUGUGUUCCUUCAACACAUUCUGAGAAUCUUUCAUGAGUUUUUACCACACGCCUUGGUAAGCGAUCGAUGGGCCCAAACGGCAAUUCAAUUAGGUUUAUCUUGCUCUUCAAGACAUUACGCCGGCCGGUCCUUACAAAUUUUUAGAGCCCUUCGAGUUCCUAUUACUUCUAGGAUAUUGUCAGAAAUUCUUUCCAGAUUAAUUGAGACUGUUGCUGAACAAGGAGAAGAUAUGCAAGGUUAUGUGACUGAACUAUUGUUAACAUUGGAAGCGGCUGUCGAUUCUUUGGAAACCGAUUUUAGACCUUUGGACUUAACCAGAGAUAUAUUCAAAUCAACGCCUAAUCUAAACAACAAAGAUAUAAUUCCAAUCGUCGAAGGUAAGCGAUCUGUGGCACAAAGAGCGCCAAUUAAUCGCCGGGUGCCGCCAUCGUGUUUUAACCAGGCGUCGCAUUUCCGAAGUACCAGUUACUCGGUGUCACAUUAUUCUCGCAAAGCAGCUCCGUUUUCACAGAUGCCGUUAGAUACUAAAGAUGACGGACGCAAAAUAAAUUGCAGCGCCACUCAACAUAACCUUAAGCUGCUUGGCGACUCCGCCACUCAAGACGACAAACUUACCGUUCUCGGACAGUUGUUCUGGCUAGCCGUUUCCCUGUUAGAGUCUGAUUACGAGCACGAGUUUCUACUGGCUUGUCGACUUCUGUCCCGCGUGUUAAGACGUCUUCCACUUGACCGUCCUGACACACGAGAUAAAGUUGACAAAUUAGCCAUUCAACUGCGGACACCUACGUUUCCCGGUGUCCACGCCUUGUUACUAAAAGGCUGCACAAACCCUGUGACAUACGAACAUGUGGUUCCUCUUCUGUCGCAGCUUACUCCUCUUCUCGACUUGCUAGUUGUCGAUCCGUCCGAAAGUCUGGCAUUCCCCAUGAACGUCGUCGCCUUGUUACCUUACAUGUUACUGCACUACGAAGACGCCAAUGAAUUAUGUAUAAUGAGUGCAGAAAACAUAGCCCAGCUGUGCACCAACAAAAGUAUGAAAUUGGAAAAUUUAGCGACCGUCAUGACUUUAUACAGCAGGCGCACAUUUAGCAAAGAAAGCUUUCAAUGGACUAAAUGUGUUGUCAAAUAUUUGUACGACGCUUAUUCUCAUUUAAGUCACAACAUGCUUGCUUUUUUGGUCGAAGUUCUAGAACGAGGACCUUAUAUUAUUCAGUUACCGGUGUUGAGCAUCAUCCAUUGUAUGCUUCACUAUGUUGACUUGUCAUCAACUUCUUCGCAGCCUUUUAACGCCGACCUUUUAAGAGUAAUUGCUAAAUACAUUGAGGGAGUCAAUUACAAAGAAGCUUUAAAAAUAUUAAAAUUAGUAGUGACCCGAUCUUCAUCUUUGGUCGCACCACCGACGUCUACUCAUUACAUAUACUGGGAUUCUCGUGCCACAGCUUCUCAUUAUUCAUUUGCCGAUAUUGAUGUAUUUAUGAAGAAGGAAUUGCCAGGAAGAACUAUGGAUUUCACAUUUGACAUGUCUCAAACGCCACUGAUCGGUCGUAAAGUACAAAAUGGUUCCACAGACUCGGAAUCAAUUAACACUAAUCUUGUACAAAGACGUUCUACAUCUCUAUCGCCAUCUGAUUCUACAGUCACUGGUUGGAAGAGACCUUGGUUAUGUCAGAGUCGAGUUCGAGAACUUUUAGUCAGUCUGUUGAUGACAUGCGGUCAGCGAGUAGGACUACCUAAAAGCCCAUCGGAAGAUUUAAACACACUGAAUAAGGUAAUAUUCAGUCAAAGCUCUGAAUUAUUAGAGAGGCAUUCAAGCAUGGCGAGUAGUACUGAAGAAGUUUCAGCUCCUGAUAUAUCUAUACCCAGUGAUUCUAGAAAAGAACGUGAAGAUAACGCUGAUCAUUUCGGUACUGUAUUCAAAGAUUUUGAUUUCCUGGAAUAUGAAAGUGAAAGUGUUGAAGGUGAAAGUACAGAUAAUUUUAACUGGGGUGUUCGAAGAUUACCAUUAGGAGGUAAUGAUCCUGUUGGUCAAAGUGCUUUGAAUACAGUAGGUACCACAUUAGUUGAAGAAAGUGUAAGCGAAAGAACACCCAUACAGAAAAUUAAAAAAACCACCGAUGAGUCUUCAGAUGAUGAGUUAGGUUCAGUAUCCCCACUUGAUGAAAUAGCUGCUUGUAAUGUACAACUUUUACCUAAUACUAGUGGACAUCGUGAUCGUUCAAAUUCUAUCACACGUUCAGAUACAUCAGGAUCAAGUAUUGAUUUGGGUGAUUUAACACCUUGUAAUGCAUCACCAAACCUUAAUGCUUUGAUAUCCUUCCAAAGAGAUGACACUGAAGAAUGUUGGAGAACCACUGUGCGUUCUUUACUUGAACAAACCCCUACAAACACCCUUCACAUAUUUCAUAUUUUACAUAGAGUAGUAAAAGAUAUUACAAAAAAAUGUGUGUUGCUCACACAAGAAGCUUGUACAACCCUAAGUGAAUAUGUAGAAGAAGAUCCUGCAACUACUGGAUGUUGUACCCAAAGUCAUACCAAUUGUAGACAAUUAUUAACUCAUUUAAAUUCAGCAAUUAUUGUGUUGACUACUCAUGCAGAUCCACCCCUUGUAUGGUUUACUCCUAUCUCAUUGAAAACAUCAGGGAACCUACAUUUCUCAAUGUUACAAAUCCGUGAACAUAUUGACACAUUACUUGAUCGUAAAGAUCAAACAUCUGAGUGUUUAUUUUCAGUACGCACCACUAUGAAAGUUUUUAAACUUGGUGAACACAUACUUGAAAGAUCUAGUUCAAGUAGUAAUGGAGGAAGUUAUUUAAAUGAAGAAUUAAUUUUAGAUUUGGGUAGGGCAUUAUACAAACUACACCUGCAACUUUUACUUUUACUAGAAUCUGCAGCCAAAAUGUACUCUACUUUAUCAAAUUUAGCCACUGAAAGCAAACUUCAAGAUUUAUCUGCUGAAGUUAGUACAGUUAGACGAGCACUUUUACGAGCUAAAGAAGAAAGUGGUACCCAUCCUUUAGCACCAACUCCUGAGGAAAGUCUUGCUCAAAUAUUGCAAGAUUCAGAUUGGCCCAAUUCAGUGUCUUACACUAAGCAAGACAAAAAUCAUUGGCCUAGUGAACUAAUAUCAACUGGUACAAAAGAUGAUAACAAUGAUAUUACAAACAUUUUGAGUGUUUAUUGUCAUCUAUUAAUUGAAAAACAUACGGAUGGAUUCAUAAUGACUGAAGAAGAUCUGAUGAGUGUCACUAAUGGACUUAUGGCUGAAAUUUAUCCAAUGUUAGAAGCUCUAAAUAGUAUUGAUAUCCGAAUGAAAAGUUUAAAAACAAACUAUCCUCAACUAUAAAUUGUAUCUCAUUUUCAUUUUUAGAAUACAAUUAUUUUUGUUAGUGAAUUAUUUAUUUUGAAAAAUAUCAACAAUUUUUUUAUCUAGUCCUUAGGACAUUUAUAGUUUUUUUUUAUUUAUUAAUUAUUAUAAUAAUCAUCAUUAUGUAUAAAAAAUAUAUAUAACAUUUAUCAA